UUAUUUUUAUUACAAAAACAAAUGUUUAGAAAAUUUGCAUAAAAUGUAUAAAUAAUAAUCUGUCUCGGGGAACAUGCACGUCAUCGUGAAAGAGCCUGUUAUUAAGUCAGGGUACUGGCUUUUAAUACUAAUGUGUGCUGGAUCAACUGGCUGCUUGUCUUAAAAAUGAUAAAUGUCUGUAUCUAGUCUGUUAGAAAUCUGCCAGUCUGUGGUCAGUAAAAUACUCUAAACCACCUAGAAGUUAACACUUCACUGUAGAGAUCAGUUAUUAAUCACAGUAAAAUAAGCUAAUAAACAAAUAGAGUCCUGGCAUCAUCCUCGCUUUUGUUUGAUUUUCUCAUCUGAGCCACACGUUUUCAUACGAGCUCCUGGAUGGGGUAAACAUGGUGGUGAACCUCUGUCUGCCUCACUUUAGAACCAGUGCUCACUGCAGUAAGCUCUGUGCAGAUGGCUGCGAUGUUUCCAAUCUUCUGUCUGGUGACCCAGCAGCUUUGCGACGAGGUUGCAGGCUGGAGUACUUCCUCCGUCCUCCACUACAUGUGACCCUGCACUUCCAAGUGAAAGUUGAGUUAUACCGUGUGGAUGUUGAACUUUUUCCCAGUGGUAAUGCCUCUAGGAGGCUUGAGGUUCUUACCUGCUCUGAAGUACAACCUGCUAAUACCCCAGAAAACGAUCAAGAGAGAGGACAGUUUAAGCUUGUGGGACGUUGUGAGCUGAGAGAGGAAGUGCUGACGUGUUUUAAGCAUACAAAUUUUAAACCCCGAGCUCCUUUCCCUGAGAACCCACCUGACCCUCCAGCCCACGCAAGGCAGCAGGAGCUCUGGAGCCGGGGAUUUCAGUCACUUAGCUCAGUGGCCCAACUUCGUAUCUCUAUCCCCUAUGUUGGGGCUUCUUCAGUGAUAGGAAUCAAGUCCUUGGCAGUAUGGGGUGUUCCUGCUCGCUGCUGUUCUUUUUCAGAACUCGAACAAUUUCAGAAGGCCCAUUACAACAGCUUGCAACGAAAGAUUUCUAAUUUUUCGAUUCAUUCACCAGCCUCUACCUCAGCAAAACCUCAUAGGUCAGACAGUACUACCUCAGAAACAACUAUACCUGAGGAAUUUCUGGACCCUCUCACUCAGGAGCUUAUGGUUCUUCCCAUGAUCUUGCCGAGCGGGAUGGUUGUGGACAAUAGCACCUUGGAAGAGUACGUAAAACGGGAAGCUGUUUGGGGACGCAUGCCUAAUGACCCCUUUACUGGUGUUCCUUUUACAAAAGACUCAAAACCACUUCCUAACCCUCUCCUAAAGAGUCGCAUUGAUAGCCUGCUACUACAGACUGGCCACACAGGAAUCAGAAGCAAGAAUAGUCUACUGAACAAACCUCGACCAUCCAGGCUUAUUUGUGCAUCAGUGUCUCAGCCUGAUCUGACUGUUCAGAGCUCGCAAGCUGAGACACAGACCCAGCAGCCGUAUUCAGUGUGUACUGAGCGCACUGAGAUGCUACCAAAACACACCAUCCAUGAAGAAAAAAAUCAUAGUAGACUAAAUAAGGAUCAGUCCAGAACUUUUGAAGAUAGGCAAGAGCUUAUCCAAGAGUCUACUUCUGGAACUAGUAUUAGAAGGAAGAAAUUAGGACAGUCAAAGAAACGGAACACUCAGUCAAGCUCUUCUUCAGCUAGUGAACAGAUGUUGGGCAAUUUUUUGUCUCCCAUGGCCAAGAUGCCAAGAACAGACGUAAGCAUCGACCUCCCCACAGAAACAAACUCUCAUGAAGAGCGUCUGUCUCAGAGUUUAGACCAGGCAUUAAAUUCUGCUCUGCAUGGUUUACCAACAUAUACCUCACAAAGCAACCUGGAGCCAGACACCACAGGAGGUCAGGGCAGAUGUGGGUCAUGCGCAUGUUCCUUGACUAUUUACUCCCCAAGCUCUGUGGCUUACUCUCUUCCCUGUGGGCACCUGCUGUGCCGGCAAUGUCUUCAGCACGAAGACACAUCGAGGUCACAGAGACUGCCAAUUACAUGCCCUACAUGUCAAGCACAUGCCUUAUCCAGCACAAUCAUAAGAGUGCACCAUUAAACAUCAUUCACUGCUGAUUAUAAAA